UAUUAAAAAAUGUAGCUUGCAUAGCAAGUGUUCCCAUGCUCUUUGCAUGAAAAUUGGGGCAAGAGCAAAAAAUUGAUGGAAAGGGAGGUGGUAGGGUAAGUGAGGUUCCUUUGCGUGGCCAAAAUACGGAAAAAGCUCUUUGUUCAUACAUUGUAUGGAAAUGCUUGCUAGGCAGGCUAGUAAAAAUGACGCCUCACUUCUUGGCUCUUCCAACUUUGUCUGGUGUUAUCUAAAUUAGAGUUCCUGUACAGUACAUUAUUGGUGAAUGGGAUUUCAGGCAUUUAACCUUGAAAAUGAUGCCGCCUGUCUUCAUUCCAAGACCAGAGACUGAGGGACUGAUAGAUCUAGUUGCUAGUCACCAUGGCCUUGCUGAUGAAGGUGACAAGUUUAAUUUCUUGGAAGUAGGAUGUGGAAGUGGAGCCAUUUGUUUGUCAAUACUGUCAGAAUAUCCUCAGACAACAUGUGUAGCUAUUGACAAGAACAAAGAAGCUGUUAGUCUCACAAGAGAAAAUGUAAACAGUUGCAAUGUAAGAGACAGGAUAACACUUCAUCAUGCUGACGUUCGAUCUGUGCUGCCAUUACUUGGCUCCACAAAGUUUGAUGCCGUCAUUAGUAAUCCUCCAUACAUUCCUGAACAAGAUGUGACUCUCUUGGAGCCUGAAAUUUUCAGACACGAAGAUUCCCAAGCGUUCCAUGGUGGAAGUGAUGGACUGGAAGUAAUCAAGGAAAUUUUGCAAGUUUCUCCAAAAAUUCUCAAACCCGAUAGUUCUGUGUGGUUAGAAGUGGACACUUCUCAUCCUAAAAUGAUUGAUCAAUGGAUUAAUAGCCAGGACCUUGGUUUGAAGUAUUCCGCAACUUUUCGAGACUUUGCACGGAGUUGCAGGCCGAGAUUUUGUCACAUUACCCGAAAGUGAAGACUGCGUGACUCGUGACGCCCCAAGCCCUUGUAUAGCGUUACCAAAGCGCCAGGACUGCUAAUGAAAUCAAAUGGUACAAAGAAGAACUUGGCCCAGCUAUCUUUGGCAAAUGAACAGUUAUCAUACAGAUUGGAGUGUGUGAUCCCAAAACCCCAUGUGAUGGACUCUGACCUGUGUCUUCUUAGGAACAGGUAAAAAUCAAACACGAUUUACAAGCGCUCAGAUCAGAGGAAAUAAUCGCGUUUAAUCUUUAUCCAUAGUGCAAUAAUCACGAGAUUAGUGUUUGUUAGAGUUAUUUAACCUGCCGUCAGAGUGAUUUAUUGUGGGGGUUGCGAUAUCACUCAUUAAAUAAUGAACAACCUUAAUGCGGGGUGCAGUGGAAUAUGGGGCGAGGGGUAAACGUGAAGAAUG